GAUUUGUUGACUACAAUGAAUCAGAGAAUUGUAAAGUUAAUUAAAAUUGUUAAAAUAAUAAACAUAAUGCAUAUUAUAGUAAAAGCUUAUCUGCUUGUGCGAAAACGUUUACGGAGAAGAUGGUGGGUACGGCCAGUGAACAUUAAAAGAAACACUGAAGGAUUCCAGAGAAUGGCUUUUACGGAGCUAAAAUUAAGAGAUGAAGAGCACUUCUUUAAAGCUACAAGGAUGACCGUGGAGAAGUUUAAUGCUCUUCUAGAUUUGCUUAAACCACGAUUGCAAAGAUUUUCAAAAAGAAAGCCAAUUGACGAGGAAACACGUUUGGGCUUAACUCUAAUAUACCUAGCUCACGGUUGCAGUACACAGUUUUUGGCAUGGACAUACAAAAUGGGUGUUUCGACUGUGAGAAAGAUAAUUUAUGAAACUUGCGAUGCGAUCUGGAGCGAGCUCCAUGAGGUAUAUGUUUCCCAACCUAAUCACCACAAGUGGAAAAGCAUUGCUGAAAGAUUUUACACGAAAACAGGCAUGCCGCAUUGUGUUGGGGCUAUUGAUGGCAAGCAUGUCAACAUCUUUUGUCCAAAAAAUAGUGGUUCACUUUUUUAUAAUUAUAAAAAAAGUUUUAGCAUUGUGCUAAUGGCGGUAUGUGACGCGGAUUAUAAUUUUAUGUUUGUUGAUGUUGGAGCUUUUGGCAGCCAAAGUGAUGGUGGAGUCUUUGCAAGAAGUUCGUUUGGAAAAAUGAUUUUGAGAAAUCAAAUUAAUCUUCCCCCUGAUGAUAAACUACCUGGCACUGAUAAAACGUUUCCGUAUUUCUUUGUGGGAGACAAUGCUUUCCCUUUGAAGAGAAAUUUAAUGAGGCCAUAUCCUGGACGAAGCUUGUCUGCCGCUAAACAAAAUUUUAACAAAAAGUUAUCUGCCGCUCGUGUAUACAUUGAAAACUCUUUUGGCAUUUUAACAAACAGGUGGAGGAUUUUACAUACAAACAUUCAAGUGUCACCCAAAAACGCAGAUAAAAUAGUUUUAGCAACGGUAGUUCUUCAUAAUUACCUAAUGUUAGAUAAAACCUGCGGAUAUUUUGAAGAAAGUUUGGUGGAUCACGAAGAAAAUGGAGUAAUUAUUCGUGGUACAUGGAGGCAGGCAUCAGAAUCCCAGCCUUCUAUCCGAAUUUCCCAUGCCAACCGUUCAUCAGCAAGUGCUUUUGCUGUGAGAGACGAAUUAACAAACCACUUUUUUGAAAUUCAUUCCUGAAAAAUUUCUUCGAAUUCAAUUUCAUUAAUAUUUUAGUAAUCAAAAACAUAAAAUAGUAAUAAAACAAAACCAAA